AUGUCCGAAUCAACCAUUGUCCUCAUUACUGGCGCCAAUUCAGGUGUCGGCUAUGCAACAGCUAAAACCAUUGCAUCUCAGCCGAACUACCAUGUCGUAAUGGCCUGCCGAGAUCUCUCAAAGGGACAUGAAGCGCGUUCUCAGCUCGAAAGUACCAAUAUUCAAGGAACGCUUUCUGUUGUUCAGCUGGAUGUCGAAAAUGACACUUCGAUUUCCAAGGCCUUCAAUACUGUUUCCGACCAAUUCGGGCGAGUCGACGUCUUUAUUAGUAAUGCAGGCACAACUUCGCCUGGAACUGCUGGACGAGAUAAGAUCGAAAAAAUAUUCUCAACAAAUGUCUUUGGAGCGAUGUUUACUUCAGAGGCUUUCAUUCCCCUUCUGCUUCGAUCCCGCCGUCCAUAUCUCAUUCAAAUAUCAACUAUGUUGGGCUCGCUAGAACUUGCAUCCGAUCCACAAAGUGCGCAAAGUAGGGAGGCGUGGGAUGAAUACCGCAUGAGCAAAGCUGCGUUGAAUAUGAUGACAAUUCAAAUGCAUAAGCGACUAAAAGACCAGAAUGUUCGCGUUUUUGCCUUUUGUCCCGGCCUUGUGCGAUCAAGGCUGAGGGGUGAUUCCGAAGAAGCCGUCAGUGCUCAAGGUCAUGCUGGCGAUCCUAUGGAAUCGGGGAAAGCAAUCAUGGAGAUUAUAGUCGGACGGAGAGAUGAACAUGCCGGCAAACUUCUUCACCGAAACGGAGUUUACCCUUGGUAG